UUUCGACAUUAAGGAUAAGGUGCAUACUAAAACAAAAGGAUUUAAGACUUAAUUAAUUCCAUCCAAGUGUCACCGGCCCACAAACAAAUGGUGGAACAAAGUUUGUGAAUGAUAACAAUACUCCAUUGUCUUGAAAAUCAUCAUUUCCUCUUUGAAUUUUAUAGAUUACUCUGGCAGUCUCUUGAAGACAAUGUACUGAGGUCUAGAAUUCAUAUGACCAUGGUAUUUAAACGCCAGAAGUAUCUUUCUUUCAGCCACACAAAAGUCUCACAAUGGCUUCUUCUUGUAUUCUUUGUGCAAUGGCUUUCAUUACUGCAGUUUAUGCUGCUAACUUCUAUCAAGAUAUUGACUUAACUUGGGGCAAUGACCAUGCCAGAAUUCUCAACAAUGGAGAGGUCCUAACUCUAUCUCUUGACAAGUCCUCCGGCUCCGGAUUCCAGUUGAAGAACGAGUAUUUAUUCGGGAAGUUCGAUAUGCAGAUAAAGCUCAUCCCCGGGGACUCUGCUGGCACCGUCACCACCUUUUAUUUAUCAUCCCAGGGAUCAACACAUGAUGAGAUUGAUUUUGAGUUCCUUGGUAAUCUUAGUGGAGACCCUUACAUUGUUCAUACUAAUGUGUUUACUCAAGGGAAAGGGAACAGAGAGCAACAAUUCUAUCUCUGGUUUGAUCCUACAAAGGAUUUCCACACUUACUCCUUUCUUUGGAAUCCUAGAAUUGUUAUAUUCUAUGUGGAUGGAAGGCCUAUACGAGUGUUCAAAAACAAUGAAUUGAUCGGCGUUGCAUUCCCGAAGAACCAGCCGAUGAGAAUCUACUCAAGCUUAUGGAAUGCCGAUGAUUGGGCAACAAGAGGCGGGCGUGUUAAAACAGAUUGGAGCAAGGCGCCGUUUACUGCUACUUUCCGAGAGUUCAAUGCCAACGCUUGUGUAUCAUCCUCCGGUGUAUCAUCUUGUCGUUCAUUGUCGAACAACUCAUGGAUGUUACAGGAACUAGAUUCGACGAGUCUCGAGUUGCUGAGAAUGAUACAGAAAAACUACAUGGUGUACAAUUAUUGUUCAGAUUUGAAGAGGUUCCCUCAGGGAUUGCCUUCUGAAUGCUCAACAAACACUUAGAACAAUUAUAUCAUGUAUUAUUCA